AUGGGUAGCGAUUGGCGGGCACGUGUACACCACGCUGGCGAGGGCGGUGUGACAGCCCGAGCGGAACACAACCCGAAACGAGAUCCGAACAAACCCAAAAGGGAUGUUUUAGACGGGGGGGGCGCACUCAGGGGGUUUUGGUGUGGGCAGGCGGGAGAAAAACGCCUGAUUUCCCUAUGUGUCGGUUGCGGCAAUCAGAUUCACGAUCAGUAUAUUCUGAGGGUUUCGCCGGAUUUGGAAUGGCACGCGGCGUGUUUGAAGUGUGCAGAGUGUAAUCAGUAUUUGGACGAGACCUGUACGUGCUUUGUUAGGGAUGGCAAAACCUACUGUAAAAGAGAUUAUAUCAGGUACGCCAUUUACACAGGCGAGGAAGAAAAGUUAGAGCCGUCAAGUUUUCUCUUCCACAGAUUCAAAUGUAAAUUUCUGUAUAAACAAAACCGCGUUCGGGAACAGCUAGCGACCGUGUGGGACCCUCCUGAGGACUUUGGCAAUGCAUCCUGUGAUCCUAACAAAGUGGGAAAUCCACCUCCGCUUCCGAAGACAGACCCCGGUCUUCGAGCUCUGGGGUACGGGGCUCCCGCGGGGUUUUCCUCCGCGGUCACGGUGCAGCGGGUUUGGCUCGUUUCGCUUCGAGUUGGAAGCGUCAAACCGCCGGGAGCUGCUGCGCCUUAUCGCGGCCUCUGGCUAAACCGAGCUAGAUUCGGCACUCCCUGCUGCCUACUCAUGGGGAUCCUGUUCCUCCCUUCCCCUUGCCUUACAGCAGAACCUAUCUCUGCCAGACAGCCAGCUCUGCGACCCCACGUCCACAAGCAGCCCGAGAAGACCACCCGAGUCCGGACUGUCCUUAACGAAAAACAGCUUCACACCUUGAGGACCUGCUACGCUGCCAACCCCAGACCUGACGCCCUCAUGAAGGAGCAACUGGUAGAAAUGACUGGCCUUAGCCCGAGGGUCAUCAGGGUUUGGUUUCAAAACAAGCGGUGCAAGGACAAAAAAAGGAGCAUCAUGAUGAAGCAACUCCAGCAACAGCAACCCAAUGACAAAACUAAUAUCCAGGGGAUGACAGGAACUCCGAUGGUGGCUGCCAUUUUUCGACAUGCAGCGUCAGAAGAGAUUCGCUUUCCUUUUGCCCAGUGGCAGGCUGCAGCAUGCUUCCCUCCCCUGGCACACCAAGCUCACUCGGGAAGCUGUAGCACAGCAGCCAGGGCUGUUUGCAUCAUCUUACCUCUAGAGCUGCUUUCCUGCUUUAAUCAAGUUAAUUUUUCGGAAGGAGGACCCGGUUCCAAUUCUACUGGAAGUGAAGUAGCAUCAAUGUCCUCUCAGCUGCCAGAUACGCCCAACAGCAUGGUGGCCAGUCCUAUUGAGGCAUGAGGAACAUUCGUUCAGAUUUCUGUUGUUGUUGUUUUGCCCUUACCCUCAGCCCUGUUGGAGAGAGUGGGAAAGUGAUCGCAUUUGGACUCCGAAAUUUAGGGGGAAAAAGUAUUUAACAACCCUGUAACGAACCUAGCAAGGAACCGCUCCAUGAAAUGAACGGAGUCAUGUUUGAAAAGACAAGGUAAUAUGGUAGCAACACUGUGAAGACAAUCAUGGGAUCUUACUAGAAUAAAUACUAAAAAAAGCGCUAACCCCGCGCUAUUCAAUGAUCAGAGGAGGAUCAAAAAGACGUUUUCAAAACGUAAAGGAUUUACACACGUGGAUCU